CACAAAAAAUUUAUUCCUGCAUCACAAUUGUGAUAUUCCCGCCUCCUUAAAUUCUCCUGUAAAUCUUCCUGUUUCUCUUUUUUUUCUCUCUGCUUCUGAAGCGUCUGAUUAUGUCUUCGACAGAAAUCGUUAAGAACCGACAUCUAGGGUUUCUGAUAUGGCAAUCGGUCCACUCAACUAUCCUCUUCCUCUUCUGCAAAAUCUUCCUUCUCUCCCCUUUCUCUAAUAACCCUCUGUCUCCUUCUAUCUUCACCUUCCUUUCCUUCCUCACCUUUCAUCUCUCUCUCGUCCUCUUCUCCACUUCUCUGCUCCUUGUCUCCUCUUCCCAACCUGAUCGUCCUGCUUCGAUUUAUGAACUCAUUCUGUUUCUCCUCCGAUUCCUACUCAACUCGGUCCUUGGCGGAGGUGGGUCCCCGGAGCUCUCUGCUCCCAGCUUCCGCAGCCGUGUGAGAACUUCACUUGGGUUUCUGCUCUUUGUGAUCAUAUCUGCUGCAUCGGGUUUUGUUUCUGUGGCUUCUGUGUGUCGGAACUCGGAGGCUAUUAGUGGGUUGCCGUUGAUUGGCAUAGGGUUGAGAGGGUCUGUUUUUGGAUUGCUAUAUGGAGUUUAUUACAUUUAUAAGCAGCGUUGGGUUUUGGGGUUUCCCAUUAUACAGCGUCCUCCUUUUUUCAGUUUUAAGAUGGGGCUUCCUUCAGCUUUUAAACAGGCUCUAAAGUUAUCUACUGUGGCUCUCCUAUGUUCAUCUGUGCUGGAUGUGGCCCUGCCCAGUCAGUAUAAGAGCCAGGGCACAAUGGUGCAAUUUAUUGUCAAUCAAAUUAUCUUUUACAUUGGAAGCUCCAUGGUUUCAUUUUGUUGGGAACUAUGCCAUCAUUUACAUCAGGUGGUUCAUACAAAGAGGUACAUAUUUGCACCACCAAAGGGGUCAGCUGCUGCAGAGACAAAUCCAUCUGAACCUCUCCUUGCAGCAUUGGAGGAAAGUACUCCAAGAUCUCUUCUGCAAUAUCUUGCAUAUCUUGAUCUGUGUAUAAUUUGUGAGAGUAAUGUUGACAUAUGGCGCCGGGCUGCCUUCUUUGAAGAAACUGGUGAGACUUAUAAAAGAGUUGUGGCGGUAUGCUUGAGGCCUCUUGAACAACUGACUUCAAACCUUGGGGAAGGCUUGGAAGGUUGUUCAGGUGAUAGAACUGAUCAAUUAUCACAUCAGUUAUUAUCACCAGCUGAUACACGAAUGGAUUCAAAGCUCAAUGAGUCUUUCAAUGACUUCCAGCUGUGUGCAUGGUGUGCAAUGACGAUUGCAGCACUGACUGCACGUUCACACAGUGAGGAUAGGUUUGGUGUGGCUCAACUUACUGGCUGUAAUGCUGCUGUGGUGUCUACACUUUUGUCCUCUCUGGUUGCUGUUGAGGCAUGCAUGGGGAAAAAGACCAAUGUGCAAACCCCACAUUUAAUGGGCCCAGCUAGCAUCAAGUGGGCCGCAUUGAACACAGGAAGAAGAGACGGACCGCCAAGUAUCGCAGGUAAAAAAAGAGGUGGCCCAUUGCAUGCAAAGGCCUAUGCCAUGGCUGACAUUAUUAGGACAUCAAUCUAUAGCAUAGUAUCUGUGUUCCAUGAUGAGAUGCUUGGAAGCAUGAAGGCAGGGGUGCUUGAGAAGGAUUGGAUCACUGAUAGCAAGCCUCUUUUUGGGACCCGUGAGAUACUUGUACAGAAACUGGGUCUUUUUCUGGAUUUCCAAGCUAAUUAACGACCUGAGAAUUUGUACAACAAAUCUGAAGAUUCAAGCUUGGGUUUAGAUUGAUUUUUGUUCUGGAUAGAUGAAGAGAGAUCCCUCGGUUUGCCAUAUCAGAGAAAUGAUUUAUUUGUGUUCUAUCAAAUUUUGUAGAGAACUCUAAUGAAAAUGUAUUGUUGUGUUAUGGGAUUGCAUGAUCUCUUUCCUUGAUAGUUUCUGUUUCAUAAGCGUCACAAGAGUUCACAGAACUGGAUUUGUUACCGUAUCUUAUAAUGAGAUCGAAAAUGUUUUGGAUGGAUUUUUGCCUAGCA